AUGACUCGAACUCAAGAGUUUCAGGGCUCUCCCGCUCCUUCGCCAACCGCUCCGCUUCAGGACUUUCCAGCCACGGGCGGCUCUGGAGUACCGUACCUUUCUUUCCUCCUCUGGGUCUCCGCCUUCUUCUUUCCUUCCAGCAGGCCCCCUUUCCAUCCCAGCCAAGCAGAAGAGCGGAAAGCAGCCGAGGCAUCUCUCUCUCUCUCUCUCUCUCUCUCUCUCCGCCCACCGCCUUCCUUCCAGCUACGUUUGCAGCUUUCCUUCUGGCGUUCAUUCCCUCGAAUCCCGCUUCCCGGCGUCGGCUCGGCCAUGCUCCCCUUCUCUCUCCUCUUCCUCCUCCUCCUCGCUGGAAGCUGCGGCUGCUUCUCUUCAGGCUCGAGCCAGGUAGCCCCUUUCGACUUGCUCUACGCUGACGGGGUGCGGGCGUACUUCGCCCAGGACUGGCCUCGGGCCUCCGAGCUGCUCCAGCGCUCUCUCCACAGCUAUUCGCAGCUGCAGGAGGCGCGCCGAAAGUGCCGAGGCGGAUGCCAGAGGGAAGCCUUCUUUGGGAGUCAGUCGCCUUUCCACUCGUGGGAGACCACUUUCUUCGACCGGGUGCUGCAGCGAGCGGAAUGCCUGGAGGAAUGUCUGGGACGGAGGCUGGGCGGGCAGCCGUCCCGCUAUCGGACCAGCCACGCCAUCCAACAGGACUUCGAAGAGAGGGAGCCCUACAAUUACUUGCAAAUUGCCUUCUUCAAGUUAAAAAAACUGGAUGAAGCUGUCUCUUCAGCUCAUACAUUCUUCAUAGCCAAUCCACAGCACCUACAAAUGCGUGAGGAUAUGGAGAAAUACCAGCGCAUGGCAGGGAUAAAAUCUGAAAGCUUUCGGGAUCUGGAAGCUGAACCACAUUGGGUAGCUUAUGAAGCUGGGAUGCAUCAUUAUGGUACGGAUGACUACCAGCAGGCAGCAGCAAAACUGGAAGAAUCGCUCAGAGAGGGGCUGCUGGCACUGGAGAAUUGCAGAGCUCUUUGUGAAGGGCCCCGAGAAGAUGAAGACGACAAGGAAGAGACACAACUAGGCCUCUAUGAAAGCAUUGCAGCUCAUUAUGUCCAGGUCUUGAAAUGCAGGCAAGAGUGUGUCCUUGAUAUUGCCACCAAGCCAGGCAGGGUGUCUUCCACAGAAGAUUUCAUCCCAUCUCAUUUUGAUUUAUUGCAAUUUGCCUAUGACAGAGUUGGAAAUCGGACUGUUGCUGCUGAAUGUGCAGCUACCUUCCUGCUGUUCUAUCCAUCAGAUGAAAAAAUGCUGGAGAGGUUGAAAGAGUACCAAGCAGAUCUGGGAAAAGAAAUAGCUAUUCCAGCCAGAGAGAAUAUCCGCUGUUAUGUGCAAAGAUCCCUUAUGGAAAAGAAACUGAUCUAUUAUGCAGUACAGCACCUUGAUGAAACUUUUAAGGAUCCAGAUUUAUGGACUCCUGAGGAACUGAUCCCUGAAAGCAUGAAGGAGAAACACAAAGAAGAUCAGGAGAAACGAAGCUUGAAGGCCUCAUAUAUGCAACAACGGGAUCAAAAUGAACCACUACCUUUUGAGGACAUCAACAUCACCAUGGAUUCUCACCAACUCAAUGGUACCCAGAGGGUCGUCUUUGAUAGAGUCCUGACUGAAUCAGAAUGCAAAGACAUCCUUCGUCUGUCCAUGGCAGCUGGAGGAACAGGAGAUGGCUAUCGUGGCAGACGUUCCCCUCAUACUCCACAUGAGCGAUUUGAAGGCUUAACAGUGACAAAAGCUUUGCAGCUGGCUGAGGAGAGUAGUAUGAACUGGAAAGAUAUUAAACUUCUCCUGCAAGCCAGUGAGAAAUCCCGGAAAAUUGUGGAAUCCUAUUUUACCCCUGGGAAAAAUCUCUAUUUUUCUUUCACACAUCUUGUGUGUCGCACAGCUGCAGAAGGAGAACAGGAAGGCCGCAUGGAUCUCAGCCAUCCAGUCCAUGCUGAUAAUUGCCUCUUGGAUCCGGAAGGAAACACUUGCUGGAGAGAACCCCCUGCCUACAUACACAGAGACUAUAGUGCAAUCCUUUACCUGAAUGAAGACUUCCAAGGGGGAAAUCUCUUCUUCACUGAGAUGGAUGCUGUAACCCUUACAGCUCAAGUGCGCCCUAAAUGCGGGAGGCUGGUGGCCUUCAGCUCUGGUGAAGAUAAUCCUCAUGGAGUGUGGGCUGUGACCCGUGGGAGGCGCUGCGCUAUCGCCCUCUGGUAUACCCUUUCUCAAGAGCAUGCGGAGCAGGAACGGGGUCAAGCAGAAAAGCUGAUGAGACAGAAAGAGGCAGAACAGGAACAGUCACAUGAAGACGACACAAAGGAUAGCAGUUUUGUACCUAAAAGUGGGGAUUCACCAGAGCCUCCUACUCCAAAGGGAAGAGCUAGAUCCACAAGCCGAAAUAUUAAAUUGGACUCUAAGUCUGGAGUGAAGUCCAGGAGGCUGAGAGUCAGAGAUGAAUUCUGAUCACAUUCAGUGCAACCUGGUCUUUUGCAGCUACUCUUAAGUGACUUGUACAAGUGGCCAGCCUGAGAACUUUUGCAACUCCUGAGUUAAAGAGUUGCUUCUUUAUGACACACAAAGUAUGGAUCAGAGAGUGAUACUCCUGGACUUCAGCUACUACUUAAACCCGAAUAUAAUGAUGUCCCAGUAAAGAUGCCAAGCUUGUAAACUAAUGUAACAUUAUGGCUAAAACAAACUGAGACGCAAAUCUUCUGUUCAGAUCAGCCAUAUUCACAGAGGGCACUAGCCCCUCUCAUUCAGAAGCCUUCAUCUACAAUACAGACACAGUUAAUACAGAUCUACCUAGAUUGCAGGGCUCUUCUGAGAGGAACAGGGAUAAUAUAAAAUGUACUUGUAUUACUUUUAAAGUGUAUAUUAAAUUUAAAUACCUUCCUUCCAGCUUUCCUCCACCUCCACGUUUGAAGGAAUCAAAAUUGGGAAAAUAAUAAUAUUAAUUUGUGUGAACUUUGGGAUGGGAUGCAUGAAAACAGACAAGCCAUACAUUUAAAAAUGUUUUUAAUUGUUUGUUAUUAUUUUUAAUCAUGGGGCCAAAUUUAUAUAUAUCUUUUUAAUUGUAUUUUAAUGUUUGUAGUUUAUGUUUUUACUUGGCUGUUCACCGCCCUGAGUCCUCAGGGAGAAGGGCGAUAUACAAAUUAAAUAAAUAAAUACAUACAUACAUACAUACAUACAUACAUACAUACAUACAUACAUACUAGACAUCUGGAUUACAAAAAGGGAAAUGUACAGUUAAAGAACCCAGGGUGAUCCAAUUAUUAUCCAAGAAAGCACAGAAAAACAGGUGAAAUGGAUAGCUCAACAGACUAAAAGCCUGUUAUUAACAUUCAGCUGUCUGCAAUUAUUGCAUGUUCAAAUCUCCCCAGGCUCAAGGUUGACUCAGCCUUCCAUCCUUUCUAAGGUAGGUAAAUUGAGGACCCAGUUUGUGGGGGCAAUAAGCUGACUUUGUAAAAAAUAUACAAAAGUAUGAAGGCUUAACGCAUUGUAAGCCGCCCUGAGUCUCCGGAGAAGGGUGGCAUAUAAAUCUAAUUAAAAAAAACAAAAAACAAUGUUAAGAAACAGAAUUACUACGAAUUCUUUAUUCAAGCAAUGUAUUCCAAAACAGAUUCAUACUUAGGUUCUAGAUCAGGGGUGUCAAACUCAAUUUUAUUGAGGGCCACAUCAGGGUUGUGUUUGACCUCAGAGGCCAGGGUGGGCGUGGCCAGCUUGACAAUUCUUGUGUCGGCGUCUGUGGUGACCUGAGCACUCUGCCAGGGAAAAUGGGCUUUCAACCUCCGUUUUCAGCUGUUAUGCCCUCUGCCAGUGAAAACAAAGCUCAGGGAGGCCGCCCUUCACUGGCUCCAUUUUCACUGGCAGAGGGCGGUAGGAGGCCGUCGCAGCCAAAAACAGAGCCUGGGAGGGCUGCAUGUGGCCCUCCCGAACUCCAUUUUCACUGGCAGAGGCACCACGGGCCGGUCCUUUGCUGUUUCUAGGGUGGCCCCACAGGCCAGAUCUAAGCACCCCGCAGGCCGGAUCUGGCCCCCAGGCCUUGAGUUUGACAACCCCGUUCUAGAUAGUCUAAUAAUAUGCUUUUUAAAACCUUUUUUCUUAGAAGGUAGAAUUCAGCACCCAGUACUAUAUUCUUUUCUUUUUUCCUGCAAUUGCUUGGGUUAAUAGAAAGUAACAGAAACACAGACUCCAGAAAUUUGGAUAUAUUUGCAUUGUUCAGUUUUUAUUUUGGAAGUAGAUGUUUUUUUUUUCCCCAAAGAAUGUUUUUUUUUUUAAGUCAAAAAGUAAAUAGGAUGCAAGUGAAACUCAGGUCAAAGUAAAUAUUUUGAAAGGAGCAACAGUGAAACUCUGGGAAGUAGUGGUCUGGAUCAGAGGUACAGCAGGUUGGAGAUGAUACUUUAUCUUUUCCAGCUAUUUUUUCUUUGCAUUUUCCAUUGAAACUAAUUGACUUCUGUGAUGAAAAACAUGCAGCUGGCAACACAGCAGAGAGUGAGGAAUUGGGAAGAUUGGCGGUGGAGGUGAGAGAAAGGUUGAGAAGAAGAGAGUUAAGGAUCUCACACCACUCCUGCCAUUUUUCUAUUAUAAUAUUCCCUAGCCUGCCAUUUCAGGCGACUGGUGAACCAGUUCCCAGAUCCAGGCUUGCUUCUGAACAGCUGAUCUCACUAAGUUUUAAAAGAAAAAUUCGGUAGGAAUAAGAGUGAGGGGCAGAAAGUAGGGAGGAAGCAAACCCACAGUUUAUUUGUUAAUUUAUUUGCCACCCAUCUUACUGUGGGGGAUUAAUGACCAUGGAAUAGAAACACUGAAUACCUGUAAGGUAGGGACAUCAGAGUACUGAUCAGCAAAACUUCUUUAGAAAAAAGAGCUUGCUUGUUUCAGAUGCCACUGUAAGGAAGACAGUGGCAUGACUGGAAGAUCCUGAUGCUUUGAGCAGUUUAAAGAGCAAAUGGCAAAAUCAUGAGUAAUAAUAAUCAAAUAUAAAAUUAAUUAAAAUGUAUAAAACAUCUAGUAGAUAUAGAAGAAUGAAUAGUUCUGUCAUUUGUAUUGAAC